AGGGCGGAAGUGACGUCAGAGAGGGCGGAAGUGAACGGCGGCCGACCGGAAGUCGCCUCAUGAUGGGCGAGAAGAAAACGUCGGCCCGCGUUCCCGAGGGGGCUCCGCGGCGGGUCCUGGACGGGGCCACGCGGCAGCGGCGGCUGCACCGGCAGCUGGAGGCGCUGGAGAACGACAACUUCGGGGAUGAUCCCCAGGCGGGGCUGCCCCGGCCCGGGAAACGCCUCCCGCACUUCAGCGACAGCACCGAGACCGGGAAGAAGAAGAAGAAGACGAGGGGGGAUCACUUCAAGCUCCGCUUCCGCAAGAACUUCCAGGCGCUGCUGGAGGAGCAGAACCUGAGCGCGGCCGAGGGCCCCAAUUACGUCUCUGCCGGGGCCGCCCCGUCCCGGCUGCCCCAGCGCCACUUCUGCGCCGUCUGCGGCUUCCCCUCGGGGUACACCUGUGUCACCUGCGGGGCCAGGUACUGCUGCACCCGCUGCCUGGGCACGCACCAGGACACCAGGUGCCUGAAGUGGACGGUGUGACCACGCCCACAAGAUGGCUGCCGUGACACCACGGCAAAAUGGCCGCCGCGUCCACGCCGUGUUUGAUCCCGGGCUUAAAAUGGCCGUCAUGGCUCCACCCCCAA